CUCGAACAUGAAGGGCCGCUUUACCACUCUGGACGUUCGAUCUGUCAUUCCUGACAUCAGACAGCGAUGUGUUGGUCAACGUGUGAUGAAUGUGUAUGAUAUUGAUUCGAAGACGUAUCUCAUUAGAAUGGUGAAACCAGAUGAGAGGCUUGUUCUUCUCAUUGAGUCAGGUAUCCGCAUCCACACAACGGAGUUUGAAUGGCCGAAAAAUGCCUUUCCAUCCAACUUUGCAAUGAAGUUAAGGAAACAUCUUCGCUCAAGACGACUUGUGAAGGUCGAACAGUUGGGCAUCGAUCGUAUCAUUGACUUACAGUUUGGAUCGAAUGAGGCCGCAUAUCACUUGAUAAUCGAACUAUAUGACAGAGGUAAUAUUGCGUUGACUGAUUUUGAAUACACGAUUUUGAAUUUGUUGAGAGUGAGGACGGAUGCUGAUCAGGAUGUGAGGUUUGCUGUACGUGAGAGGUAUCCGAUUGAGGCAGCACAGCAACCGGACCUGCUUAUUUCAGAGGCCAGACUUCUCCAACUGUUAACCAACAGUAAAGAUGGCGACUCUGUCAAACGUCUUCUCAACCCUCACUUUAUUUAUGGUCCUACACUUAUUGAGCAUUCACUCUUACAAGCUGGUUUUCCUGCUGAUGCAAAAGUAGGGAAACAUGUUGAUGUGACUGCAGAUAUUCGUCGUAUUUUAUCUGCUUUGUCACAAGCGGAAAAGUUCAUUCAAGAGGCUGGGACACGAAUUAUGAAGGGUUAUGUGGUGCAGAAACAACAAAUUAAAGCACAAAUAGGCGAAACAACAGACACAACAGAAAUUCUCAUAUACGAGGAGUUUCAUCCGAUGUUGUUUUCUCAGCAUGAAGCGAAGCCUCAUAUUGAAUUUGAGACGUUUAAUCAGGCGGUGGAUAAUUUCUUUUCUGAGAUUGGAGGUCAGAAGCUUGACAUGAAACAACUGCAGCAGGAGAAGUCUGCCAUAAAAAGACUAGACAACAUAAGGAAAGACCACGAGAAGAGAUUGACUGACUUAAGAGAGGCACAAAAUACAGAUGCUUACAGAGGUCAACUAAUUGAGUCCAACAUUGAGUUGGUUGAUCGGGCAAUUCUCUCUCUACGUAAUCUCGUAGCCAACGCUGUUGACUGGGCUGAAAUGGGGCAAGUGAUUAAAGAGGCAAAGAGUCAAGGAGACGAGGUUGCCUUGGCAAUCCAAAAGUUGAAAUUGGAAAUGAAUAAAUUUACGAUGCUCUUGACUGUGCCUCUUGGUGGUGAGUCAGACAGUGAUGAUGUGGAUACUGUGGAUGGUGUAGAGGUGGAGCGUAAAAAGUCGAAGAAAACGGUGCAAGGGGUGGUUGUUGAGAUUGACUUGGGUUUGUCGGCUUAUGCCAAUGCUCGAUGUUUUUAUGAUCAGAAGAAAUAUGCAGCAAAGAAGGAGCAGAAGACGUUGGAGGCGUCUGGGAAGGCAAUGAAAGCUGCCGAGAAGAAGACACGGCAAACACUAAAGGAAGUGGCAGUGACAGCAAGCAUACACAAAGCACGGAAAGUAUUUUGGUUUGAGAAAUUCUUAUGGUUCAUUACAUCAGAAAACUACCUUGUUAUUGGUGGUCGUGACUCUCAACAAAAUGAAUUGAUUGUGAAACGACACCUUAGAGCAGGAGACAUUUACGUUCACGCAGAUCUACACGGAGCCACAUCUUGUAUUAUCAAAAAUCCAUCAGGUGUGCCGGUUCCUUUGAAGAGUUUGCAGGAGGCCGGCUGCAUGGCGAUUUGCAACAGUGCUGCAUGGGAUGCUCGCAUUGUUACGAGUGCAUGGUGGGUAUAUCAUGACCAAGUUUCAAAAGUUGCUCCGACUGGUGAAUACCUGACAACGGGAGCAUUUAUGGUUCGAGGAAAAAAGAAUUUUCUUCCACCAACACAAUUGGUUGUUGGCUUUGGCUUCUUGUUUAGGGUUGAUGACAGUUGUAUUGACAAACAUCUCGACGAGCGACGCUCGAAGAUAGUUGAUGCAAGUGAGCAACAAGAAUAUUUGAAUAAUCAGGCAGAUGAGGGACUCACACAAGAAAACGAUGAAGAAGAGCAGAUUGACUUGAGUGACGAGUCGGACACGGAAAGUCAACUGACUGCUGCAUCACUAGACAUCCAGCUGUCAACCGACCCUCAUUUUCCAGAUACGAGUAUAGACUUGCAGUAUGUUAAAGGGGAAACGUUUCAACUGCAACGAGGAAUCAGCACUCUCAGCACAGCGAGUGCUUCCAGCAGCAACCAGCUGAUGCCUGAGUUUGAUGCUGUAGACGCAGACGUGGACGUUGGCGGUGAAGAUGGUUUGGCUGCAGCAGAAGAUCCAACAAACAGUGACAUACAAAUACAUCAGACAAAACCAAGACUGUCAGCUAAACAACGCAGAGAAUUAAAGAAACAAAAAGAUAAAACUGAAGAUGAACAGUCAACCUCCUUGCCAGACCAUCUUCCUGACCUUUCAUCAGCAGCAGUUAAGAGCACCAAGAACGAGUCGUCUCCACCAGUUUCUCUCCUUUCUAAACGAGGCCAGAAGGUCAACAGUCCGACAUCAUUAUGUGUGAUGCAGUGCAUGCAGCUUGUCUCUCGUUUGCAGCACAAACUAAAGAAAAUGAAGGAAAAGUACAAAGACCAAGAUGAAGAGGAACGACUGAUGAGAAUGGAAAUUCUCGCUUCAGCUGGUGCGGCUAAGGAGGUUAAGACAAAGAAGGGAAAGAAAGCAAAGCAGCAAGAAAGUAGACAAAUGCAGAAGCAGCAACAGAGGCAAAUUGUAGGCAAACAGGUGAAUGAAGCUGCAGUGCAAGCAUCACAUGAGGUGGGAGGAGAUACGACGGAUGGAAGAGAUGGACGUGAACCAUUUAUGUCAGAAGGAAUGGUUGAUAUAACAACUGCUGAGCAUCAGCAAGAAAAUGCGACAUCAACAGUUGACACUCAGUCAGACAUUGUUGCUCUCAGUGAACACGACCAACAACAGGACGAGUCACCAGCAGAUCACGAUACUCUACCAACUACUCACGAACACGUCUUGGUAAAACAAGAAGUUGAAGAUGAAAUCGAUGACGAAAACGAGCAACAAGAAGCAGCAGAUAAGGAUGGUAUGGACUACUUGAACUCGUUGACAGGCUGUCCACUUGAGGACGACAUCUUGCUGUUUGCGAUUCCUGUCUGUGCUCCAUACUCGGUCCUCACCAACUACAAAUACAAAGUAAAGCUCACUCCUGGGCCAGGAAAACGUGGCAAAGCUGCUCGUACUGCUUUGCACACAUUUAUUCAGGACAAGACUUCACUGCCAAGAGAGAGGGAUUUACUAAGGAGCUUGAAGCAAGUUGAUUUGUCACGCAACAUUCCUGGUAAGGUGAAACUGUCGGCACCAAAUCUACAGAAACAGAAGAAACGGUGAUACGAUGAUGUUGCUGAUUCGAGGAAUUCUGAUGGAUCGAAAUGUAUGCAGUCAUCAAACUCAAACUCACUUGUAAUAUUGUAGCAUGUGCAGAGAUGUAUGACACUGGUAGUUCACUAGCUACUGAUUCUAAAGAGUUCGAAUUGUAUAACUUUGGAUGGGAAGCUGCAGUACACUGUACAACUGCAUGCGAAUUACUUGUUGAUAUAAAAAUGGCCAAAAUUAAAAUCGAAGAAAA